AUGUCUGAUCAAGACGUGAACAUAAAUCAAUACAGUGAAUUGCGAAGUAUUUGUAAAUGCCACAUCGAUUCAUAUAAUGCGUUGUAUCAGCUGAAAACAGAAAAAGAAGAAGAUUUAAAUUCAAUUUACGAAAUGAUCAAAAAAAAUUUGAUUGAAACAAAUAUAAGCACCCCUACAAAAAUUAUAAGAAAUAUUUUUGAAAUUAUUCCUUAUAAUAAUCGCUAUACAAAGUCAUAUUUAUAUCUUGCAAAACUCAUUAUAGAUUUUUAUCAUAUCAAAGAGAUCAACGAUCUUUAUAUCAUUUCAAAAUACCUAUUUUAUAAAGAAUACGGAAUUAAAUUAGACAAGUCUGCUAAUUUCGUAGAAAUUUCAACGGAAAAUCUUGACAUUCAUACAGAGAAUCCUAUUUACAAAGCAAUAAUGUAUGAUGACAAACAAUCUUUUAUCUCUUUUUGCAAUUCAAAUAGAGAAGAAUUUAAUGAAUAUCAAACACUUAAAAGCAAGUUAUAUCCAAUUUCUAAUAAAAGAUAUUCCGAUGAUGGAUAUUCAUUACUUGAAUUAUGUUGUUACCACGGAGCAAUUGACUGUUUCAAUUUUUUGAGGACGGAAUACAGACAAGAUAUAACUGAAACAUGUCUAGAAUUAUCAUUUUUAGGCAGAAAUCCAGCGAUCAUGAGUGAAUGUUUGAAAUAUCAAAAGCCAAACGAAAAAUGCAUGAGAAAUGCAAUUAUUUCACACAACAUUGAUUUUGUUACAUUCUUGAUGAAUGAGUACAAUAUAGAGAUCGAUUUAUCUUAUUGUGGAUGGUGUCAUAAUCUUGAAGCAUUUUUAGUUUAUUUUGAUCAAACUAAAGAUUUUUACAAAUCCAUAGUUUAUUCAUCAGGAUUUAAUAUUCCAAAUCUGCCCAAAUAUAUUAUUCAAAUUUCAAAGAAUCAAAAUAAAUAA